AUCGCACGAUCAUCAGCGAUGAUGAAAGGCGCUAGUGUCCCCCCGGGGCGCUCUUUUACGUAAUCUGUAAAAUAAAACAAGAAGAAUCAACGAGCCAGACGCGAUCAGCGUGAGCCGAGAAACGAGGCUUAUCGUGGCGCCGUGACUAGUCACAAUUUGGCCCGAGUAAAUCGUCAUACUCCGUCCUUCUUCACUUUAUUAGUAUUUUAACGCAGUUGUCUUCCCACGUUAUGAAACAUUCGUGUCAUGAGUAUCUCGAGGGAAUUGAAAACUCAUCCAACGAAUUUUGCCUAAUCACAGUCAAUUUGCCCGAGGGAGUAAAUAAUUCCGCUGAAUUAUGCAAUCCUAUUAGAUAACGAACCCAUAUGAUGAGAGCUGUCGUUAUCAAAUCCGCGGAUAUUAUUUUUAUUAUUCGCCGCACUCAUCUCAGUCGCCCGAGUCUGCCAUGCGAUUUCUAGUUCCGCAACGUAAGUGCAUCCGCAAGUAUAUGGACGGAAUCAGUGUUCUACAAUGUAUAUAUAUUUAUUAUGUGAAUAAUUGUUGUGCAAUUGUGGAUUGUGCGCGAUCAGUUAAUUAAUUAAUUAAUUGGUAGAUUAAGCAAAAUAUGUACGAUAUGUACUGUUUAAAUAUAUACAAUAAUAAUUCGACUCGAAGUGAUUUUUUUGUACGACUGCGGCAAUAUAUUUUUAUUAUUUUUUUCCUUUUUGAUUAAAUACUUAGUUCGAACAUUUUACCGGAAAGAAUUGCAUUUUAUUUACAUAUAUACAUUAUAAUGCACAGAUAAGACAUAAUCUAAUCGGUAGAUGAAAUAUUUAUGUAGGAAGAAGGAAACGGAUUAUGCAAUCGAGAUAGUUAAUUGUUAUAUAAAAAUAAGUAUUGUACUAUUUUACGUGACUUAAUAAUAUUUAAUGCAAAUAAGUAUCAUCUGUUAAAACAGUUCUGUAACGUCAAAAUAGGCGCACGAUAUAUUUAUAUUAAUUAUGUUAAUAUCGAAGAAUUAUAAUAUUGUAAUUGACGUAGUCCACAGUCAUUAUACAUUAAAAAAUUCUUUUAUAAUUAAUUAAUGUUACGCGAGGUCGAGUUCCUGUACAACCGAACGCGUGAGAAUGAAAAUACAUUAACCAUUGUAUCGAAGGUUAGAAUUCUUUUCUGUGCUAAAAAUAGAUCCCAACUCAACAAUAUAUUUUUAGGUCGUAUCGUUCUCCAGAUUUCUUAUACGCAGUAUGGACCAUGCUGACACACACUUUUAUUAAGAUAAGCUUUUAGUUGUACGAGUAAGAACGCUCUCGCUUUAUGUAGCAAAAGUACUUAGUGAAUAUUAAUACCCUCUGAUGCUUCGCUGGAGAAGAUAGCACACCAUUUUCUUUAAAUCUGGCAAGCCAAGCUGGUAAGAAGAAUGCAGAGUACAUAUACAUAAAACCAGGCAGCUGAAGUGCAAAACUUUAAAUACCAUUGGAAUCAUACUUUUUAUAAUAUAACACAAGGCAUCAUUAUUAUCAAUCAUUGCUAAUAAUUUUAUAAUCCAAUGAUCUUGGAAUAGGAAAGACUGAACUGUACAUUUGCUUUCAGAUGCGCUCCACGCCGAGUCAAAUGACAAUAUAAAUUACACAUUACGUCACGCAUUAACGCAAAUAAUUAUUCCUUUUAUACUUUUCCACCGGACGCUCUUCAUCGAGCCAGAAAAAUGACGCAUCACACGACGGAUAGCGUUCUAAAGGACGCUGUCAUCCAGAUCGGCUCCGGAGGAUCCGCAGGCUUCAUCGAGGUUUGCAUAAUGCACCCGAUGGACAUCGUUAAGACGCGUUUCCAGCUCCAGGUGAAGUCGACCAAGUCAGAUCCGUUGUAUUAUACAGGGGUUCGUGAUUGCAUGACUAAAAUAUAUAAGACUGAGGGAUUGCCGGCGUACUGGAAAGGAAUUCUACCUCCAAUAAUUGUAGAGACCCCCAAGCGUGCUGUCAAAUUUUUCACAUUCGAGCAGUAUAAGCAGUUCUUUCUGUUCGGCGCCAGCGCACCAACCGCCUUGACGUUCUCCUGCGCCGGCUUCUUCGCCGGUGUGACCGAGGCUCUAUUAGUCAAUCCCUUCGAGGUGGUGAAGAUAACGCUGCAGUCCAACAGAAAGCACAUCAGGGAGACCCCGUCGACGUACACGGUGACGAGAGAGAUCAUCUCGAAGUACGGUUUCGGGCCGAGCGGCCUUUACCGGGGCCUCACCGCCACCAUAAUGAGAAACGCGGUGUUCAACUCGUUCUACUUCGGUUUCUAUCAUUCCGUGAAAGGAUACAUACCGCCCGAGCAGGAUCCCUGGUUGGAGUUUCUGUAUAAAUUUGCUAUAGGAUUUGUCUCUGGCACCGUUGGCUCGUGCCUAAACAUACCGUUCGACGUCGCCAAGAGCCGCAUCCAGGGGCCGCAGGGCAACGUACAGUACAAGGGAGCGCUGCAGACCAUGCACAUGAUUUACAGCAAAGAAGGGUUCAGAGCCUUGUACAAAGGUCUGGUUCCAAAAGUGCUGCGAUUAGGCCCGGGUGGCGCCAUCAUGCUUGUCGUGUACGACUACAUGCACGCGUUUCUUAUGACAAAGUUCAAAGCCUAACACUUGCAUUGCAUUUCGAGGAGCUGUGAGAUAGCUGUAAGGAUAAGUACCCUCCAGGAACAGAGUGAUAUGUUUAGUAUAACAAUAUAUAUAUAUAUAUAUAUAUAUAUAUAAAAACAGAAUAUAUAUAUAUAAAUAUUCAUAUAAUUUUAUAAUCAUUUAAGACAUAGUUCUUUACAUGCUUAGUGUGCCAAAUACAUUGUUUUUUC